UUUUUAUUGCACAUAUUUUUGUAGCUCCUUGUGAAGCUUACUUUAAAAAGUAGCAGAGUCCUCAGAGAAAAUGAAAAAUGCACCAUAAAAACUUGGAUGUGUAAGCGUGUAUUUGGCCAUUUUGGACUGUUUGUUAUCACACAAAGUCUUUGGCGAGUGUUCGCUGUGAGUCGUGCUUUUGGCCAUUUAAUAAUCCGCACCGAAAUAAGAUGUGUUUUGCAUGAUUUCAUUGUUGGCCAUCUGCAUUAGCAUUCCCCCGCUCCAUGGAAUUUUUAACAUCUGGCAGAUGGUAGAUGGUAUAUGGCAUAGUGGCAUAUCGCACCAAUUAAGGGGAGAGCUGCCAACUAUAAAUGCAGACGGGCUUUGCAAGAUGGUCAUCAGUUAAUCGGUUACGUUCGCUCGGUGCACCUCUAGCUUCCUCAGAUUCAGUGACCAGUGACCCCCAGUGAAGAUGGUAAGUGGCCAUCUCAAUUCCCCAUUAAUUUUUUUCCUUUUUUUUUACGUGAUUUACCAAGUGAUAUGUGGUGUCUUUACUCUCUCUCUUGUCCAGAAACCCUUUGCCUUUAUCGUUGUGGCUGCGCUCAGCUUGGCUGUGGUCAGUGGACGCCCGGGCGCCCAGUAUCUGCCACCUCUGCCGGUUAAGGAGGUGUCCGCUGCGCCGAGCUUCCAGCAGCUGGUGCAGACUCAGCUGCAGCAGCACAUCCAGUCGCAGAUCCAUCCCCAGGUGGAGUCCAUUCAGGCCUCGGUUCCGCUGGCCAGCUUCACCAUCCAGUCGAGUGGACAGCAGCAAUAUCAGAGUGCACCAGCUCCAGCUCCAGUUUCCAUUCCAGCUCCAGCUCCAGUUUCCAUUCCAGCACCUGCUCCAGUGGUAAUCUCCGCUCCAGCUCCAGCUCCCGUCGCUGCUCCCGUAGAGUUUCAACAGCCAGCUCCGCAGGUGAUCUAUGAAGCACCCAAGCCGGUGAUUGCCACCCAGACGGCGGUGAAGAACGCCUAUCUACCGCCCACUCCUGUCCAGCAAUUUGUGCCCGCUCCGGAGCCAGUGGUUGCGACCAUUGCACCACAGCAGGAGACCAUCACGACCACUUACACAGCCCCAGCACCCGCUCCAAUUGCCAUUCCAGUUCCUGCAGUGCAGGAACAGCACCAGGUGAUCCAGCAGACCUACUCCGCUCCAGCUCCUGCUCCUGCUCCAGUGGUCCAGCAGUCCUACUCCGCUCCAGCUCCCGCUCCCGUGGUCCAGCAGACAUACUCCGCACCCGCACCAGUUGUACAGGAGCAGACUAACACCGCUCCCGCUCCCGCUCCUGUGCAGGCGGUGCAGCAGACGUAUUCAGCUCCCGCUCCAGUGGCCCAGGAACAAUUCUACAGCGCUCCGGCUCCUGUCGCUCAGCAGACUUACUCCGCUCCUGCUCCGGCUCCUGCUGCAGCUCCAGCUCCAGUUCAGGAACAAUUCUAUAGUGCUCCUGCCCCAGCUGUUCAGCAGUCUUACGCUGCUCCGGCUCCUGCUCCAGUCGUUCAACAGUCGUACUCCGCCCCUGCUCCAGUAGCUCAGCAGUCUUACUCCGCUCCAGCUCCAGCCGUCCAGGAGCAAACUCAGGUGGUUCAGACCUACAGUGCUCCGGCUCCGGCUCCCGCUCCAGUUGCUCAGCAGACUUAUUCCUACCCAGCUCCAGUGGUGCAGCAAGCGCCAGUGGUUCAGGCAUUGGCUCAGCAGGCACCUGUGGUUCAGCAGAGCUACUCUGCUCCAGCUCCCGCUCCAGUGGUUCAGCAGACAUACUCCGCUCCCGCUCCCGUGGUCCAAGAAACUAUUCAGCAAGCUCCAGUGAUCCAUCAGGUUCAGCAGAGCUACUCGGCUCCAGCUCCUGUUCCUGCUCCUGUGGUUCAGCAGACAUACUUCGCUCCAGCUCCCGUGGUUCAAGAGACCAUUCAGCAAGCCCCGGUGAUCCAGCAGAGUUACUACGCUCCAGCUCCCGUUUCCAUUCCUGAGCCCGUGCAGCAGAUUGUGCAGCAGCCACAGUACAGUGGUUACUCCUACCAGACUCCUCAGCAGACUUCAGCACCAGCUCCGGUUCAGGUGUCCGUUCCUGCUCCAGCACCCGUGGUGAUCUCAGCUCCGGCUCCAAUUGCUAUCCCUGCUCCAGCUCCAGUUGCAGCUGCAGCUCCAGUUCCAGCUCCUGCCCCAGUUCAGCUGCAGCAGUCCUUUGUGCCAGCACCACCUGCCCCCAUCCAAGUGCAGCAGCCAGCCCAACCCAUUGUACAGUACUCACCGCCAGCGGUGCAACAGCAGGUGACCUACACCCAGUCCGCUCCUGCUCCUGCUCCAGCUCCAGUUCAAGUGUCCGCUCCAGUUCAAGUGUCCGCUCCAGCUGCCAUUCCCCAGCAGGCAGUUGCAGUUUCCGGUCCCGUGGAGAUCGGCACCAGCUACGCCGCCAACGGUGGUUACCUGUACAAGUAGGAUGCCCGUGAAAGGACCCCAGCGGAGGUCCGAACUCGCAUCGAGUUGGGGAUUCAACGAUAAUCGCUGAUUCAGCUGAACAACUUAGUGUUACGUAGCCAAUUUUUUAGUACCCUAUCAUUUUUGUAAAACAAUAAAUUGUUUUUGUUAAAAAAAUUUAGUUUUCAUGUAAAUAAUUCAGAUGAUUGGGAGAAGUGGAAAAAGAAUUAUUACCAAUUACUUUUCACUUUUAUGAGCGAUUUAUUUUGAAACUACUGUUCAGUUUCGUUUUAUUGAAAUCGAUAGAAUUACUUUGCCAUUUGAGUGCAUAAAAGAUACUGUGAAAAAUAUAUCCCAGAUAUUUUCUAUAAAUCGUUUAAUACCAGCACUUAUCGCUAAACUUCAUCUUCAAUGUGUGACUUGAAUUAUGACCAUUUCGCCAAACGUUAAGCCACCAAUUUUGAAGUCAACCCAAAGCGGUUUUCAACUAUAAUAAAUGA